AUGACAGCUUUAGAGUGGACAACAAAAAGUAAAUUAAUAGUUAAAAGUCCAAUUAGCUCUUACGGUGUGGGUGAUGAGCCAGCGCCAACAGCAUAUAAAUUUAGUACUGAUAACAUUUCAUAUCCUUCAUAUGACUUCAUGAUGGGUGUAACGACUACUACGCAAACGGGUUAUGGUUUCAUUGACAAAAUGAUUGUAGAUCAUGACAACGGUGGAAUCUUUAUGAACCAAAUGGAGAGAAAUUUAGUUGGUCAAUUAAAGGUCUAUGGCUACAACCGUAUGUCAGCUCCUCUUGGUUACAAUGGCCAAAUGAUGGUCCUUACAUCGAAAAGCAUUAGAUAUAGCCAGAAUAAGCAAGUCACAGUUAUACAACGAAUGAAUAUGACAGCAAAUGAAAAUUUACUUGAGUCUCCAAUAUAUAAUGUAACAUAUUUUGAUCCAAGAAUCGUUAGUAUGUAUCUUCCGACUAAUUCUACAAUUGAAGGCGAAUUAUUAUGCAUGGGAUAUGGUGAGUUGGCUCAAAUUGCUGGUCAAUUUUUGGAAUCCCAAGACUCACUGAAAAUGGAUAUGAACAAACUCUAUACAGUUGUGCUAGUGCAAUCUAAUUCAACUGGCACGAUUAAUAUAAUAAACAAGAAUAUAAGUCCAACACUAUGGUAUAUUGAAAAUGGCG